UUGCAGCCUGCAGCCCUCACUCGGAGAGGCAGCGAGGGCUGGGAAGGAAGGCAGACAGGAAGGAAGGAAGGAAAGAAGGAAGGCAAGAAGGAAGGUGCCUGUCCUGGACACGCCAUGGCCGCCCGCACCGUGCCCCACGCCUACCCCAUGAGCGCCGAGUACGAGUUUGCCAACCCCAGCAAGAUCUAUGACCAGAACUUUGGAGAAGGUGUGUCCCCGUCGGAGAUUUUAGCCCCUGCCCUGUACCACGGCUACUACAUCCGACCCCGCAUCAACAAGCAGCUGGAGAGGGGCACCUCGGAGAUCUGCCUGAACCAGCACAAGUUCCAGGUGUUCCUGGACGUCUGCCAGUUCCUGCCCGACGAGCUCAGCGUCCGCACCGUGGACAACCUGCUGGAGGUGGUGGGGCAGCACCCGCAGAAGGCUGACCGCCACGGCUUCGUCUCCAGGGAGUUCACCAGGACCUACAUCCUGCCCCUGGACGUGGAUCCCCUGCUGGUCAGGGCCACGCUGUCCCACGAUGGCAUCCUGAGCAUUGUGGCUCCCCGGACGGGCAAGGAGGUGAAGGCCAGAGUCAACGAGGUGAAGAUAACCCAGCAGGAGCAGCCGCAGGGGGAGGAGGAACAGGCUGAGGAAGGGAAAGAGAAGGAAAAAUCCUAAAGGCUGCAGAUCUGGGAAGGUGGGGGAGACAGGGAUGGGGAAUCCGCAGUGCCAGAGCCCUGUUCCUCACCUUCAGUGUUUAGCAGGGCCCUGAGGCAGCCACACUUCUGCUUCUCAAGGCUGAUGGCUGGGAACAAGAGGGACUUGGAACUGGAAAAAAGAGUGAGACUGUAGUGUGAUUGUGAGUGACUGUAAUGCAAGUUUUCUCCUAGGUCAGGUGAGCAGGCAGACCUGCUCUCACCCUUAACUGUGUCCCAGUGGACUGAGCUCUAGCCCAGAAGGGCACUGGGAAGAGAGAAAAGGGGAUCCCAGUGCCUGGCUCCUGAGCUGGAGGCUGACAUUGGUGGCUGUGCAAGGUGGGUGUUGGUCUGUAAAAGUGCCUGCAGCGAUCAGGAGGAGAGAGGAAUAAAUCUGCCUCUGCUCUUCU